UUAUUUAACAAUUUUUCUAAUUGCUCUUUUCAAAUGAAACUUGAAUAACAUGCGCAUACAACGGUGAGCAGUGGUUAAAAUUACCCAGCAAUCCAAGUAUUUUCGCGGGAAUCGUAUAUUGUGACUGGCUGCGGCGUGCAAAGACACGCAAGUUCAAUAGUACUGUCCGGUAGUUGUAUUUGAGUAUUUCAUCUUAUAAAAAAGUGUCAGUUUAUUAUUUUCCAAUCGAAAGUAAAUUUAUUUUACGAGGUUUGUGUUAUUAGAGAAUUAUGGCUGUGCAACCGAAUCAACAAUUUAGCAUGGAUCCACCAACUCAACAGAGUUUUGUUAGAUUUUUUAAAAGUCUUCCAGAAAAACCGAGCAGUACCGUACGAUUCUUUAAUAGAUCAGAUUAUUAUACACUGCACGGAAGCGAUGCACUCUUUGCGGCACAAGAAGUUUUCAAAACGACAUCCGUUUGCAAGAUGAUUGGAGCUCCGCCGCAUAAGACAGAAGGUGUUAUUCUAAAUAAAGGACAUUUUGAGACAUUCAUACGUGAUUUAUUACUCGUUAAGCAAUACAGAAUUGAGGUAUACGUGAAUCAAGGAUCAGCAAAAAACCAAGACUGGAUCUUGGAAUACAAAGGUUCACCUGGAAAUCUCCUGCAGUUCGAAGAAAUUUUAUUUGGCAAUAAUGAGGUUGCAGUUGGGACAUCAGUUAUCGCUGUUAAAUUGGGAUCCGAAGGAAAAACGAAAAUCGUUGGUGUUAGUUGUGUCGACGUCAUUGGAACAACCAUUUCUGUUUGCGAAUUUACCACAGAUGAAUCAUUCUCGGACUUAGAGGCUCUUGUGGUUACACUCGCUCCAAAAGAAUGCCUGUUAAUUCAAGGUGAAGGAAGCUAUGAAUUUAAAACCAUUAAACAGAUUAUGGAAAGAAGCAACGUAAUGAUCACACUCAGGAAAAAAAGCGAUUUUUCUACGGAUUCGUUAAUGCAAGAUCUAAACACUCUCGUUAAAUUUAAAAAGGGUCAGCAACAGAAUGCUCAGUCAUUACCAGAGACAAAUCUAAAUGUAGCAAUGGCAGCGACUGCAUCUAUUAUCAAAUAUCUUGAAUUGACAUCUGAUGAAGGAAAUAUAAAUCAGUUCACUCUACAACAAUUAGAACAGUCGCGUUACGUGCGAUUGGACACUGCAGCUAUAAGGGCGCUCAACGUUGAGCCACGUAAUGAUGUUCCCUCUGGUCCAAGUGGAAAUUUCAAUUCCAGCAUUUUGGGUUUGCUUGAUAAAUGUAGAACAUCACAAGGCCAUAGACUGAUUGCUCAGUGGGUCAGACAGCCACUCAGAGAUUUAUCUCUUAUAAAGGAAAGACUUGACAUUGUCGAAGCUCUAAUGAAAGAUAAUGAAUUGAGGUCAGCCCUCAACGAAGAUCACUUGCGACGCGUACCAGAUUUACAGCAAUUGGCAAAAAAAUUAUCCAGAAAAAAAGCUAACUUGCAGGAUUGCUAUAAGAUUUACCUAUGUGUAGCACAUUUGCCAACAUUACUUGAACAACUCUCUGCAGCAACGGGAGUUGCAGCUUUUACGGCAAUGUUAAUUGAACCCUUGAAAGAGUUAAUUGAAGAUAUGGAUAAGUUUCAACAAAUGGUUGAACAGACUAUAGACUUGGAGGCAGCAGAAAAGGGUGAUUUUUUAGUACGACCUGAUUUCGAUGAUGAGUUAAAAGAACUAAAUGUUAAUAUGGAAGCGGCAGAAAAGGAAUUGGGGGGUCAGUUGGGAAAAGUUGCUGAUGACCUCUCUUUGGAAGCUGGAAAAACUCUAAAGCUAGAAUCAAAUCAACAAUUUGGUUACUAUUUUCGCGUAACUUUGAAGGAGGAAAAGAUUCUGAGAAAUAAGAAAAACUACACCGUGUUAGAUUCAAAUAAGAGUGGUGUGAGAUUUCGAAACAGUAAGUUGACGGAUAUCAAUGAAGAUUAUCUUGCUGCCAGAGACAAAUAUACGGUGCAACAAAAAUCAGUUGUCGAUGAAAUUAUUGGCAUUGCAGCUGGUUACUGCAGUCCAAUUAAAUCAAUCGGUUCUGUUGUCGCGUGCUUGGAUGUACUUACGGCUUUUGCCACGGCAGCAGCUAAUGCUCAAAAAGCUUACGUGCGACCUGAAAUGCUCCCAAGCGAAACGGGUGAAUUGAAACUCGAGCAAGCUCGACAUCCGUGCUUAGAAUUACAGGAAGGUGUUGAUUACAUUGCUAAUGAUAUUGACUUUAAGCGAGAUGAAUCCACAUUCUAUAUUAUAACUGGACCCAAUAUGGGCGGUAAAAGUACCUAUAUCAGGUCUGUCGGCGUUGUAGCUUUAAUGGCGCAUAUUGGCAGUUUUGUACCUUGCGAUAAAGCCACAAUAUCUCUACUCGAUUGUAUUUUGGCAAGAGUUGGUGCAGACGAUUCUCAAAUAAAGGGUCUCUCAACGUUUAUGACAGAAAUGGUAGAAACAGCUGCCAUUCUGAAGGCGGCUACCUGUAAUUCUCUGGUUAUAAUUGAUGAACUCGGUAGAGGAACUUCCACAUACGAGGGUUGUGGAAUCGCUUGGUCUAUUGCAGAGCAUUUGGCAAAAGAUGUCAAAGCAUACUGCCUAUUUGCAACACACUUUCACGAGAUUACAAAAUUGGCUGAAGAUGUACCUACUGUAAAAAAUAAACACGUAACUGCUCUUGUUGGAGAUAAUAAGCUUACGUUAUUGUACAAAGUCAAACCAGGAAUCUGUGACCAAAGUUUUGGAAUUCAUGUAGCAAGAAUGGCAAACUUUCCAGAGGAGGUCAUAGAGUUUGCCAAAAGAAAACAGUCCGAACUAGAGGACUGUCAAGGAGCUGUUUUUGAAGGAUCUGAAAAUCCAGAAAAGAAACGAAAAAUCAUUAAAGAGGGAGAGGAUCUUAUAGCACAGUUUGCAAAUAAAUGUAAAACUCUGGAUCAAUCGUUAUCCGAUGCUGAAUUGAAGGGUAAAAUCGCUACAUUCAAAGAAGAAAUACUUUCACACAAAAAUCCGUAUAUCAAAGCUCUCUUGUCUAGCCCAUAGUAUUUAAUAUUUUGCAUUAUACUUUAAUUCUAAAUCUCUCAUAUACAUUAAUAAUUAUCAGUAUAUUCUACACAUGUGUUUGAAAAUAAAUUUUUAAUUUUUUAAA